AUGGGGAUAGUGAUAGACCCUCUGGCAGGUCGGUCCAUCUUCUCAGGGAGUCUGUUUCAGUAUCUGGAGGAGAAUCGGAAGUGGAGGAAUCGCUUUGUAUCUGUGCCAAACAGCUACACCAUCAACCUCUAUGAGAGCAAAACAGCACACGAACAGAACCUUCACCCGAAAGCAACCAUCAACUGUGCUGGGUACAAGGCCCUGACUUCAAUGGAGGAAUACAUGGAGCUGAUUAAUACCAGCCUGCCAGGUAUUCAGGCUAAAGUGGGCAGUUAUCCGUUUAUUAAGUGUGCGUCCCAGUUCCCCCUCAUCUUGUGGCACCCGCACGCCCGCCACCACUACUUCUGCGUGAUGACGGAGAAGGAGCAGAAGAAGUGGCACGCUGUGCUGCAGGACUGUGUCAGACACAGUAACAAUGGUCUGUCAGAGAAGUGCACUGUUCAGACGCCAGCCUUCACUGAUGCUGUGAGACUUCACAGACAAGCCAAAGGACACUACGGGACCUGGGAUAUGAUGUGUGGAAAGCCCCCACAGAUUCUGGCUAAUCUGGUGAUGGAGACCCUUCACCCAGAGCUGAGAAACGUGAUUGGUCCACGUCUGAAGGGGAAGAUGCAGCAGAGGCAGAGGGAUUGGAUGUUGAUUUCUGAUGCAGUGUACAGGCAGGUGUUGUCUCAGACCACCGGUCAGUAUAAAGCACUGGUUGAAGCCUGUGAGGCCCAGAGAGUUCCACUGGAUGCCAGACUGCGAACAGACAUGGACCAGAUCAUCACGUCUAAAGAACAUGUCAGCAACAAGAUACAAGCUCUGGUGGUGCCCAAGGCGGAGCAACUACUACGGAACAACGUCCAGCCUUACAUCAGCUCCAUCCUGGAGGCUCUGAUGGAACCCACCAGUCGAGGUUUCUCCGAGGUUAGGGAAGUUUUCUUUAAGGAGCUGGUGGAGAUCAGCAAGAACUCGCUCAACGGAGGGGGAAAAGAAAAACUGGGAGACCACAUGGAGAGGCUGUCCAUGCUCGCCUUCCACCCGGUGAAGAUGCAGAGCUGCUAUGAGAAGGUGGAGCAGCUCAAUCUGGAGGGGCUGCAGCAGAGGUUCGACGUCUCCAGCCCCUCCGUGUUCGUCAACAGGGCUCAGAUCCUCAUGUGGGAGCAAAUGGACAAUGCGGUGUACACAUUUGAGCAGCUGCUCCACCAGUCUUUAGAGGCCAAGGGAGAAGAUAACAUGUGCAAGACCAUGGAGCGAUGCCAGGACAGGGUUCUCAAGAAAUAUGAUUACGACAGCAGCUCAGUGCGCAAGAAGUUCUUCAGAGAGGCUCUGCUGCAGAUCAUCAUCCCAUACAUGCUGAAGCAGCUCUCGCCAUCCUGCUCACCUGAGCUGCCUCGCUUUAAAGAGCUAAUCUUUGAGGACUUCUCCCGUUUCCUGCUGGUGGAAAAUAUGUUUGAGGAGGUGGUGCUGCAGUCUGUCUCCAAGGACAUAAUAAUGGCUGUGAAGGAGGCAGCUGUCCAGAGGAAACACAAUCUGUACAGGGACAGCAUGGUUCUGAACAACAGCGACCCCAACCUGCUCCUGCUCGGAGAAUCCCCUCAGGUGGAUUGGGCUAGUAAAUUUGGGGCUGAUGAAUCGGAGGGCUCUGUUGAUGGUGUUAAAGGAGGGAGUUCUGGGAGAAGACGCAGACAGGUGGUGUCCAUGAUCCAGCUGGACGGGUUGCCUCUGCCCUACGAGUCCUGCCUUGAGGUCCCAGGUGUGGAGCUUAUUCCCGAGGAGGAUGGCGAGAUCUCUGAGGGCAAAGAAGAGAACAGAGGGGCGGAUAAGAAGGGCCAAGUGAAGAAGGAGGAAGAGAAGGACCUAGGCCCCUCUGAGGAUCCCAAGUCUCCUGACAGCGUGGAUGAAAUCAGAUACCUGAUCCAUCCAGUAGUGGAGGUGGGGCUGCCUGUAUCAACGCAGAGCCAGAGCGACAUGACCAACAAGACGGAGCCGACCACAGGCACCAUCACCACGAAGGAUGGGGUGCAGGAGGAUGUCACACAUGUCAUCACCUUGGUGGAGGAUGUCCCCAGGAAAUCUCCGUGCGACAAGUUAUCCCCACAGACAAUUCUCCAGCAGCUGGUAGGAAGCAAGAAGCAGGAAGCUGAGGAGGGGCAUCAGGAGGAAGCAGCCAUCAAGAACGCCAUCGAGGAAAUAGAGAUAGCAGUACAGGGAGAUGACAGUGAACAGGUCGCUGCGGUGCCUGCAGCACAGUCAGAUUACGAGUCGUCACCAACGCCAGCGACGGCUACGGACUCAGGCUCGCAUGGCGACAGUUGCCUCCAUUCACCAACCAAUGAGGGGCUGGAUGUCACAAACAGUCUGAACGGAGAGGACAAAAUUAUCGACCCAGUAGAAGUGGAAGUGUUUUUAGCGUAGGAAGAGAAGUGGAUUGAAUAAGGAUUGUAUUUAAAAGGUUUCAUUUAAAGCAUUGGCUUUUUUUUGUUACUGAUAUUGCACACUCCCCCGCCUUACAUUUCUUUGGUGAUCGGUUCCUCUACGCAGCUUAGUGAAUUUCAGUGCAAGUUUUCUUCUAGUGUUGUUUGGGACGCUGAAUUCAACAUAUCUGAUUUAUAUAAGUUAGGCUCCUUUAUGAUGCCAACAGGCUGAGGGGGCUUUUAAAGUGAUAAUGAACUUUUAAACUUACAAAUAAGGGAGUUUGUUUUCAAAUGAUGUUUGUUAAACACAGCAGGAAAUAAGGCCUAUAUUUUCUCAACAUCUCUCACAUUUAUACUGUCAAAUAAAUGACAAAUUGUGCUUUUAACUGUACUGCAGGUGAAUGGAUUGCUCUUUUCACAGCCUCUACCUGGGCAGCAGGGGGAGCUACAAUCAACCCUUUAGAUGUUAUCUGGGGAUUUUUUUCUGUGUAUUUGAAAUAUUCUUUGAAAUACCGGUAUCUAUUUUUGUAAAAUGUAAUUUUAUUCAAAAUAUGUAGUUUGUUUACUUUGAAGAGCUGUUCCUGUAUUCGCAAAUGGCCUUUGUGUUUCAACACUAGAUAUUUUAGUACAAGCUGUCAGGAAUGAUUUACUUCUCCGCUUUACUUUUUGACAACUGUACAACAAAAGUCUUUGCCCGUGGAUGUAGAUGACCGAGAUAUAGUAAAUAACGGCUCCUUAACUUGUAGGAUUUUGAUGAGCUUGUAAUCAGAGGCAGCUCUGCGAGUAUAAGGGGGAGAUUCUUAGUGUCGGCUUCCGAUGACGUUUUUCAAAUAUCACUUAUAUAUUUCACCCUGACUUUUGUGUAAUUAUAUUAAAUCAUGCAUGACAGUGACAAUGUUUCUAUUGAAAAUUAAUCUUCAAUCUUUUCUGAUUUAAUUCAAAUUUUACACUUUGGGUGAAUCCUUUUUAAAUUUGUCUGUCAUUUGGAUGAAGUAGCUUUUACAAAAAGGUUUUUGUCCGUAUCUGUGUAAAAAACUUUUUAUUUAUUUAAUUUGGUAAGUAUAGUGGAAUUAGAGAAAAUACAUGUUGAAUCUUAUGCUAAGCUGUUGAAAAACACACAUUGUUCAAACUGACCUGCCAUGCACUAAGUAAAAGACUCAAGGUUACCCCCGGUUCAAAUAAGGAAAAAUUCCAAUGCAAGGAGAAACCUCAGGAAAAGCAGCAGAGGAGGGAUCUCUUACUGAAAUACACAUGAAAUACUGAAAGUGUUGUAUUGACACAGGAGGUACCGGAAGAGGGACAAAAGCAUGGAGACACUGAAUAAAUAAAAACAAACUUAAUUUUUUCAUUUUUAUUAUAAUUAGUACCAAAUGACCUCUCUAGGAACUAUCUUGUGAAUUUGCAGUUACAUAUCAGUUUCAGCAUCACACACUUUAAGGGGUGAAUUACUUUCACUUUUGCACCGUCUGUAGUGAAGAGACCUAACGUUAAAUGCGAAGUGAUAUUCCAAUUAUUGCACAUCCCCUCUCAAUUUUAUGAGUUAGUGUCCUGUUGUGAAAUUGCCUGUUGCCACUGUAUCUAAGGCACAUUUUGAGCGUGCUGCCUUUAAAUUCAUACCUAAGACCAAUUACUUCCAAUGGAGGACCAUUGACUCUCACCUUCUAGCGGUUAUUUAUUACAAAACCUGUUUGGUGUGAGCAGCUCAACUUCACAUGUUUAGUGCUUUUUCUUCCUGAAAUAUAUCACCAAAAAAUAUGGAUGAAUAAAAAAAUUUCAUCAACUUUA